GAGUUUUAGAUGUGCAUAUACGAGUUCUCCGGUUUUUCUGGAUAAUAUAUAAAUCAGUUAUCAGAAGGUUUUUAUACCGCCAUGGCGGGAUCCAUCGAGAUUCCACUCCGUGAUACGGAUGAAGUGAUUGAAUUGUGUUUGGAUCAAUUACCGGACGGUGAUGAAGUCCUCGGUAUUCUCCGACAAGAGCAUGCCCAGCUCAGUAUUUGGGUCAAUUUGGCUCUGGAGUACUAUAAACAACACAAAAUCGAGGAUUUCAUCAAGAUCCUCGAGUCCUCCAGAAUUGACGCCAAUGUCGACUACCGUGACUAUGAGAAGGACCAAAUGCGUGCCCUGGAUAUAUUGGCUGCUUACUAUGUCCAAGAGGCUAAUCGGGAGAAGAACAAGGAUAAGAAACGAGAUUUAUUCACAAAAGCAACCCUUCUAUAUACGACCGCCGACAAGAUCAUCAUGUAUGAUCAGAACCAUUUGCUGGGACGUGCCUACUUCUGCUUGCUGGAAGGGGACAAGAUGGAGCAAGCUGAUGCACAAUUCAACUUUGUGCUCAAUCAAUCCCCCAACAACAUUCCCUCCCUCCUGGGUAAAGCCUGCAUUGCCUUCAAUAAGAAAGAUUACCGGGGAGCACUGGCAUUUUAUAAAAAGGCUCUAAGAACAAACCCAAACUGUCCAGCAGCUGUGAGAUUGGGUAUGGGUCAUUGCUUUAUGAAAUUGAACAAUCAGGAUAAAGCCAAAUUAGCUUUCGAGAGGGCUCUCCAACUGGAUGGCCAGUGUGUGGGAGCCUUGGUGGGUCUUUCAGUUCUCAAACUUAAUCAGCAAAAUCCGGAAAGCAUACGAAUAGGAGUCCAGAUGCUUUCCAAGGCCUACACCAUCGAGUCCACUAAUCCCAUGGUUCUUAAUCAUUUAGCCAACCACUUUUUCUUCAAAAAGGACUAUUCCAAAGUUCGUCUGGCUCUCCACGCCUUCCACAACACUGAAAAUGAAGCCAUGAGGGCUGAGAGUUGCUAUCAACUCGCUAGAGCCUUCCACGUCCAGGGGGACUACGAUCAAGCCUUUCAGUAUUACUAUCAGGCGACCCAAUUCGCCCCACCGGCCUUCGUGCUUCCACAUUUUGGUUUGGGACAGAUGUACAUUUAUCGAGGGGAUUCUGAGAAUGCAGCCCAGUGUUUUGAAAAAGUUCUCAAGGUUCAACCUGGCAAUUACGAAACUAUGAAGAUCCUUGGUUCAUUAUACGCCAAUUCUUCCUCUCAAUCAAAAAGAGACAUUGCCAAGAAUCACCUGAGAAAAGUCACUGAACAAUUCCCAGAUGACGUAGAAGCCUGGAUCGAACUGGCGCAAAUCCUGGAACAGAGUGACUUGACAGCAGCUCUGAAUGCCUAUGGAACAGCCACAAGAAUUCUCAAAGAGAAAGUCGAAGCAGAUAUUCCUCCAGAGAUUCUCAACAACGUUGGAUCUCUCCAUUAUCGUUUAGGAAAUCUCGAGGAAGCUCGAAGAAACCUGGAGGAGUCUUUGACAAGGUCUAAGUGCGAUGCACAGGAUGAUCCAACCUACUACAAUUCAAUUGCUGUAACAACAACUUACAAUCUCGCUAGAUUAAACGAGGCCCUCUGUGUUUUUGAUCGUGCUGAAAAAUUGUACAAAGACAUCCUUAAGGAGCAUCCUAAUUACAUGGACUGCUACUUGAGAUUGGGUUGUAUGGCCAGGGAUAAGGGGCAGAUUUACGAGGCUUCCGAUUGGUUCAAGGACGCCCUCAGAAUUAACAGCGAGCAUCCUGAUGCUUGGUCAUUACUCGGUAAUCUUCAUUUGGCUAAAAUGGAGUGGGGACCGGGACAGAGAAAAUUCGAAAGGAUUCUGAAUAAUCCUUCGACGAGUACUGAUGCUUAUUCGCUAAUUGCACUUGGAAAUAUUUGGCUGCAGACCCUUCAUCAAAGUGGUAAGGAUAAGGAGAAGGAGAAGAGGCACCAGGAUCGAGCGCUCGCGAUGUAUAAACAAGUUUUGCGAAAUGAUCCCAAAAAUAUUUGGGCAGCUAAUGGAAUUGGAGCUGUUUUAGCUCAUAAAGGGGCUGUUAAUGAAGCUCGUGAUAUAUUUGCGCAAGUGAGAGAGGCAACUGCUGAGUUUUGCGACGUAUGGCUGAAUAUUGCACACAUUUAUGUGGAGCAGAAGCAGUUUGUCAGUGCCAUACAGAUGUAUGAGAACUGCCUUCGCAAAUUUUAUAAGUAUCAUCACGUGGAGGUAUUGCAGUAUCUCGCUAGGGCCUACUUCAAAGCUGGCAAGUUGAAGGAAGCUAAAAUGACACUUCUCAAGGCUAGGAGAGUUGCUCCUCAGGAUACAAUAUUAUUGUUUAAUAUUGCUCUUGUGCUUCAACGACUCGCCACACAAAUUCUCAAGGAUGAAAAGUCGACGCUGACAACUGUCCUCCAAGCAGUACACGAGUUGGGAUUGUCGCAUAAGUACUUCCAGUAUUUGACUGCUAAUGGAGAUAGAAUGACACAGUUGGCGGAGACUGAGGCCAAGAGAUGUCAGGAUCUUCUCUCCCAAGCGCAGUAUCAUGUCGCCAGAGCCAGGCGUCUUGAUGAAGAGGAGAAGAUGCUCAGGCGGAAGCAAGAGGAGGAGAGGCAGGCGUUCAAGUUACGUCAAUCUGAACAGCAGAAGCAGAUGGAAGAGUUGAGGAAGCAGAACCAGGAGGCUUUGCUACAGAAACGUCAGGAAUAUGUUGAGAAAACGAAGAAUGCCCUGGUGUUUGGGGAGAUGCCCAAUGAGAAAGCUGGCAAGAAGGGGAAGAAAGCCAGGUCUGAGCAAUAUGUCAGCGAUUCUGGGGGCUCUGGGGGUGACGAACGGAGGGAGGAAGCUCCCAGAGAGAAGAAGAGGAAGAGGAAGGCCAGUGGUGAAGGCAAGGAGAAAAAGAGCAGGGGAAGAGGUCGCAAGAAAAAUGAUGAGAGUGGGGGCUCGGAGAGCGACAGACCCAAGGCCAAACGAGGAAGAAAGCUGGGCACUGGAAAGAGGCACAGGAAGUCUGGGGCUGCUCCAGAAGUCACUCGUCACAAUUCUAAGUUCCUGUCGAAAGAGACUAUCUCUACUAGUGAGUCGGACAGUGAUGAACUCAAGAUUGCUAGUGGGGAUGAGGCAGGAACAAGCAAAGGUUCAAAAGGCAAGAAGAGGAUUCUGUCGGAUUCAGAGGGUUCUAGGGCUUCUCGGUCAAGGUCUCGAUCUCGUUCUCGAUCCCGAUCCCGAUCUCCAUCGCAAUCUCAAUCUCGAUCUCGAUCACGAUCACGAUCACGAUCACGUCCCCGCACUCAUUCAGGUUCACGUUCUCGUUCUCGUUCUCGUUCUCGUUCUCGUUCUCGUUCUCGUUCUCGUUCUCGUUCUCGUUCUCAUUCGGGAUCGCGUUCUCGUUCUCGGUCACGUUCAGGCUCUAGAAAUCGCUCCAGGGGCAACUCUCGAUCACGAUCACGAUCACGAUCUGGCUCCCGUAAAAGUCGAUCCAAAUCAAGAUCAAUGUCAAGAUCCAGAUCAAGAAGUGGAGCGAGAUCAAAAUCCCGUUCAAGAUCGAGAUCGGGCUCACGAAAAAGUGGGUCGAGGUCGCGGUCUCGUUCACGUUCACGCUCACGUUCGAAAUCUGGCUCAAGACGUUCUUCAAGAUCACGGAGUCGUUCUCGAAGUGGCUCAAGAUCAAAGUCACGCUCGAGGUCCAGAUCGAGGUCGAGAUCUGGUUCUAAAAGGAGCCGAUCAAAAUCAAGGUCGAGGUCCCGAUCAGCCAGUGGUUCACGGUCAAGGUCGAAAUCGAAAUCGAGGUCCAUAUCCAGAUCGCGCAGUGCUUCCCGCUCGGCGUCCGAGAGGAACAGUCAAUCGAGGUCGGCCUCCCCAGCUAAAUCGGAUUAAUUAGAGGGGAAUGGACAUCAACUUUCAACUUAUAUUUUUAGCCUUACUUUCUUUAGAAUUUUUACUAGAUUCAUGAAGAUAUUAUGAGUUUAUUUUUUAAGUAAUGUAACAAAGUGUAUAAAGAAAGACUGGUAGACCAUGAAAUACUUCCUUUUCUAAAUUACAUAUUCGUUUUUUUGUUUUUUUUUGAUUGAGCAAUAAAAAGUAUGAGUGAGUCAGCAUUGAUGAGUUAACGUUUCCUUGCCUCAGUUUUUCCAUUAUACCUUUUCGCUUGACUCGAUUUAUUUUUUCAUUAUAAAACUGGAAAUGAAAACAGUAAAUCACAAAAUAUAUUACAGAAUUUUGUGUAAUCUAUGUAAAGUAAAUCUAAUAACAAUUCUGAAUAAAAAAUUAAAAACCAUUUGUGGCACAUUAUUCGUUUCAGUCAAAUAGCAGCUCUCUUCAUAGUUGAGAGAGCUCGAGUAUAUCGAAAAUAAAAAUAUUUGUAAUAGAACAGAUAGACAGGUCGGUAUAUAUCAAUAAUUUAAUAACUAGACUUAUGUGCGCUUGUUUUUUUUUUAUACUCGCAUGAUUAAUUUACGUAUAUCUCGGAUCGACUAGGAAAAAACGAUUCUCUCAAUUACAUAGGAAAUAUUCCCAUAAUUAAUAAUUAUUGUUAUUUUUCGUUACGAAUUUCCCGCAGUUUCUCUUACCGAGAAAUGUUUUUUUUUUUCCUUACACAAAGCCACGCCUAGAGGCGGCAGUUCUAGGCCGCAUGUUAUUAUUCUAGGAAGAACUAGAAGUUACUCCUCUCGCACAACGUGGUCCACGUUUUGUUCAGAGUAAAUUAUGUGCUCUUAUGCAAUUCGUAUUGAUUUGUUCAUCUUUUUUUCUCGGCGAGAAGAUGGAAGAAAUGAGAUGUGAAUCACUGGGAUUCUUUAGUACAUCCGCUUCGUCCUUUUCUAUUCUUCAAAUAGA